AAUUUAUUAAACUACUCUCGGUUUCACUCCUUUGGUCUUUUUUAUUUGUCUCGUCACUUUUAACAUUCCGUUUGCACAUUUGAACCGUGUUCAUCUUCUUCUCAGAUCCCCAUAACUAUUUAAAACAAAAGGAGAAAUCAGAGUAGAAUUCUAACACCAGUUUGUGAUGUUUGAUUUGACCAUCAUCACAAAUUGCCUCCAUCCUGCUACAACCACCCCUUUUCCAUAAAUGCCUCCGUCAUAUAUAUAUACGCCUAUACAUACAAUCAUUCUUUAUCAUGAUCCCUUGAAAACCCAAAAGGGCUAGCCUCAUUUUACAUAAAAGAAAAUGGGCUGUUGUUUUUCUGCCAUAAAGACAAUUAAGUUGAAAAAAAAUAAUCAUCGUAAUCAAGAACAACAAAGACAAAAUAACAAGAAGAAGAACCAUUCUUUCUUCAGGAAAAAAGAGGUUAUUCCUUGUGGUAAAAGAACAGAUUUUGGGUAUGAUAAGGAUUUUGAAAAGAGGUAUACAAUGGGGAAAUUACUGGGUCAUGGUCAAUAUGGAUAUACAUAUGUUGCAACUGAUAAUAGUAAUGGAGAUCGUGUUGCUGUCAAGAAAAUUGAUAAGAACAAGAUGAUCCUUCCUAUCGCUGUUGAGGGUGUUAAACGUGAAGUCAGGAUUAUGAAGGCCUUAAGUGGUCAUGAGAAUGUGGUUCAGUUUCAUAAUUCUUUUGAAGAUGAUUCAUAUGUUUAUAUAGCUAUGGAGUUAUGCGAGGGUGGUGAGUUGCUGGAUCGAAUUUUGGCCAAAAAAUCCAGCCGCUAUACCGAAAAAGAUGCUGCAGCAGUUGCAAGACAGAUGCUAAAAGUGGCAGCAGAGUGUCACUUGCAUGGUUUGGUGCACCGUGACAUGAAACCAGAAAAUUUUCUUUUCAAGUCACCGGAAGAGGACUCGACAUUGAAGGUUACUGAUUUUGGUCUCUCGGAUUUUAUAAGACCAGGAAACAAGUUUCAAGAUAUUGUUGGUAGUGCAUAUUAUGUAGCUCCUGAAGUUUUGAAACGAAAAUCAGGCCCUGAGUCAGAUGUCUGGAGUAUUGGUGUAAUUACAUACAUUUUACUUUGUGGACGACGUCCUUUCUGGGAUGAAACUGAAGAUGGUAUUUUCAAAGAGGUUUUAAGAAAAAAGCCUGAUUUUUGCCGAAAACCAUGGCCAACCAUAAGCGAUGACGCAAAGGAUUUUGUAAAUAAAUUGCUAGUAAAGGAGCCUCGUGCACGAUAUACUGCCGCUCAGGCUCUAUCACACCCAUGGGUCCGAGAAGGGGGUAAUGCCUUGGAGAUUCCUCUGGACAUAUCUGUCUUAUACAAUAUGCGGCAAUUUGUGAAGUACAGCCGCCUGAAGCAGUUGGCACUUCAGGCAUUAGCUAGUACUCUUGAUGAAGAGGAGCUGGCUGAUCUCAGAGAUCAAUUUCUUGCCAUUGAUGUGGAUAAGAACGGGACAAUUAGUCUUGAAGAAAUGAGACAGGCACUUGCUAAAGAUAUUCCUUGGAAAGUGAAAGAAUCACGUGUCCUGGAAAUUUUGCAAGCGAUGGACAGCAACACAGAUGGCCUGAUUGAUUUUCACGAGUUUGUUGCAGCCACUCUGCAUGUUCAUCAACUGGAGGAACAUAAUUCAGUAAAAUGGCAACAAAUAUCACAUGCUGCUUUUGAAAAGUUUGACGUUGAUAAAGACGGAUAUAUAACUGCUGAAGAACUUAGGAUGUUUGUGUUCAAGGGUCUAUGGGGGAGGGUGCACUCGCAGGAAUGCCAUUGCAGCUUGCAGGAACUCGUAAGAUCUUGGAGUUCAUGGACUGGGGUGAAUAUGGUGCCAUGGGAACCUUUAUCAGCAUUGGUGCUAUAGGAGUAAAAGAAGAUGCUGAAGAAGACACCAUGUUCAUAUUAGUGGCUCCUCAAAAUGCUGUUGGAAAUUGUAUAAUUGGGGAUCUACAGGCUAUGGCUGAUGCUGCAGGAAAAAGACCUGUCAUUCUUAUAAAUCCUAAGCUCAAGGUUGGACCCUGAACUUCAGGAGCCUCACAGAAUCAGGUUAGGGUCAUUGGAUAACCGCCUGUUGUAUUUGGCUCCCACCGGAAGCCCAUCAUCCAUGAUUCGUGAAUCUUAUAUUAAAGUCAACAGAUUGCAAUGCAGGAUUUACCAGCUUCGAGUGGUAUCAUACAAGUAAGGACAUUUCGAUGCCAAGUAAAUGGAUUAGUACCUGAUAUUUUUUUGGCAACUUGUAACGAUUUUGU